AUGGCUCUUUGCCUGUCUCUGGAUCGAGUCAACGCUGAUCAUUUGCGGGCUCUGCAUAUAGAAAUCGACCAUAACUUCAGCCAAGCACACCGGAUUGUCACAACGAGUAUCCUUCCUCUGGUCGAACAAUAUGCAGAGCAUUCGCGAGACGUGUGGGAUGGUGCCAAGUUCUGGAAACAAUUCUUUGAGGCCAGCGCCAAUGUCUCCCUCUCCGGCUACGAGGAACGACCCGAUGAAGACACCACCCAAGAUCAGACGGCGACGGACGAAUCCGCUUCAGAUGUAACCCACAGCAACCUCACUGAAACCAUGUCCUACGACACCCCGUCCUCCCAGCGCCUCGACCUCAACCACAGGGCCGACGACCACGACCUGGAACUCACAGCCCUCAGCCUCUCGUCGCACAGCACCCCGCGGGUAGGAACCCACGAAGCACCGCACGAUGACACCACAAUCACCUCCACCGCAUACCCAUCCCCCUACGCCUCCCUCGAGCACGACAUCCAUGAACCCGCACCCGAGCCCGACUCCCCCUUCAACAUGGACGACUCCAACCUCCCCAGCACCCCCGGUCGAGCCCCCAGACUGCACAACUACGCCCACGACCCUACCGACACCCCCCUCUCCUCCUCGCCCUUCGUCCCGCCCGUCGCGGACGACCCCAACCCGGCCCCAGGAUCCCGCCGCAACCGCCACCAGAAACACACCGACCCCGUCCUGCACCGCGUCCUCGACAAAACCUACCGCGUCCAAGCCACUCCGCUCGGCAAAUCCCACGCACCCCCGCCAAACCGUUCCAAGUUCACCAUCACCCCGAAACCAUCCUCCUCCAAAUACGCCUUCGACGACUCCCCAAUCUCCAGCCCGGAGCCAGAGGCGCCCCAGCUGCACGCGGAGAUCUUCUCCUCCCCGCUCAAAGCCACCACCCCAGGCACCUCGGGCCGCAGACGACGUCCAAGCACACACCACGACCUCCGCGUCACGCCGAAACCCGGCAUGAGCGUGCUCACGCCCGCCAAGAACACGGCCGGCAGACGGGGCGCCGCCUGGGACAGCGACGAGGACUUCUACGGCAUCGACGACGACGAGAACGAGGACCUCGGCCCGAGUCCGCCGAAGACGAUGCAGUUCCAUAUCCCGCAGAGCAGGCUGAUGAAGACACCCGCCAAAGAAGCAUCCAGACGCAUCGUGGAGGAUCUACUCCUCACCGCGGGCGCGAAUGAUACCACGGACGAUUUCCUGGACGAGCAGAGCCCCAGCGUGAUUCGACGGGUGGAGCGUCUGGAGGAUGACACGUUCUAG